AUGGAGAAACAAGGAAUACUAGAUUUAGAGGACGAGUCUCUAGUUAGAGAGUCAGCUGCCUCCAUUCCCUCGAAAGCUGAGGGAUCACAACGUCGACGCAUUUGGGCUCUAGUUAUUUGCAUAUUGUUCUUUGGUGGUCGGUUCAUCUGGCAUGGCCAUAGGCCUCCCAGCAUCGAGACCAGAGUUCAUCGUAUCCUGGAACACACCCCAUUAAUCGAUGGACAUGAUGAUUUUCCAAUCAUGAUUCGAGAAAUCUAUCGUAAUAGAAUCUACGAUUCUAAUUUCACAGAGCAUCUUGUCAAUGGGGGUCUACCUAAACAUGUCGAUCUGCCUCGUCUCAAGCAGGGCCAAGUUGGCGGAACAUUUUGGAGUGUCUUUGUUCCUUGCCCCAAAGAUUGGUCGGAUUUCUCGGACGUAACAUACGCCCCAAGUGUGCGUGAGACAAUAGAGCAAGUGGACGUGAUGUCCCGUAUCCAGCGGGCUUAUCCAGACACAUUUUCAACACCUCCCAAUGGAACCACUGCUCUGCAGGCCUUCAAGGAAGGAAAGAUCAUUUCACCUCUUGGCAUUGAAGGCCUUCAUUCUAUCGGAAACUCUCUAGCGCAUCUUCGAAUCUUCUAUGAUCUGGGCGUUUCCUACGCCACCCUUACCCACAACUGCCAUAACCGCUAUGCCGAUGCCGCAGUGACCGAGCUCCAAGGCGGAGGGAUUAAGAAGUCAACACCCCUUUGGCAUGGUGUGAGUCCAGCCGGUCAAAGAGUUGUGUACGAGAUGAACAGACUUGGCAUGAUCAUCGACCUAUCUCAUGUUAGCGUGGAUACGAUGCGCGAUGUUCUGGGUGCUGGCAAGGACGAUUGGAAAGGAAGCCGUGCACCUAUCAUCUUCAGCCAUAGCUCCGCUUAUACUCUGUGUCCACAUCCACGAAACGUGCCCGACGAUAUCCUGAAGUUAGUGCGUGAGAAAAAUUCUUUGGUUAUGGUAAACUUCUCCCCAGAUUUCAUUUCUUGCACAGCUACCGAUCGUGCCGAUGGCUUGCCUAUUGCGGAUCCGGCUAAUGCGACUAUUGAGCGUGUUGUGGAGCAUAUCUUGCAUAUCGGAACAGUUGCUGGCUUCGAUCAUGUUGGCCUGGGAAGUGAUUUUGACGGAAUACCCACUGUUCCGAAAGGCUUGGAAGAUGUGUCCAAGUUCCCUGACUUGAUUGCCGAGCUUUUGCGACGUGGAGUCAGUGAUAAGGAUGCAGAAAAAGUGGCCGGAGGCAACUUGAUUCGUGUUUGGAGAGAUGUUGAUCAAGUUGCUUUGAAAAUGCAAGCCGAGGGUGCAUUUCCUGCGGAAGAUUAG